UAUUGAAAAUUUUAGUGAUUCGGAAAUUAUCGUUUGCGAUGGAGUCAUAUUUUUGUAUAACAAAUAUUGAUAGUAACACUGUUGAGAAUUAUUCAAAAUUAUGUCAUUUUCCUAUCGUUUCUCAAUCCGGUCGUGUACAUUGCAGAAAACUUUCCAUCGUUUGACGAAAUUCGCUUGAGAAUUAUUGUCGUAAGGAAAUAAGUCGAUUCGGGAGACAUCUUGUGAGUGAGGCGCAAGUUGCCUGUCUGAUUUUGUCUUUCACGUGAAAAGCAAGCAAAAUUAGUGCGGUGCUAAAAAAAGUCCGUAACCAUGGACGUAUCGUGGGACGCAGAUAAUUUUGAGCCCCGACUUCCGACCACGUUGGCAACUUCUAAUAAAUGGGAGGGUGAGGACGAGGAAGAAAACGUCAAGGAAAGUUGGGAGGACGAAGAAGAAGAAAAAAAAGAUGAGGAGAAAAAGGACGUUCAGGCACCGGCCACAAAGUCCAAAAAGAAAAUCCAGGAUAAAAUAGCCGAGAAAGAGCGUCUCGAACGCGAGAAGGCGGAGCGUCUGGCCGCCGAGAGAGAAGAGGAGAUGACGCCGGAAGAGAAGCUGGCUGAGAAACUGCGCCGUCAGAGGUUACAGGAGGAGUCCGAUCUGCGGCUCGCCAUGGAAACUUUUGGCGUAUCAGAAGUGGGCGGCGGCAAACUGGACAGCUUCCACCCGACAAACAAAGCUGAGUUUACGGACUUCUGCGAGCUCCUCUGCAAGAAAAUUAAUUAUUACAAGGCAAAGGAGGAGUUCCCGGCCUUCGUCGAUGAUCUUGUCAAGAAUAUUGUUGUUCAAAUGUCGUCCGCAGACAUAAAAAGGAUAAAAAUGACGGUAGACAAUCUGUAUAUUGAGAAACAGAAAGCUGAAAAGAAUGACAAGUCGAAGAAGGCGAACAAAGGCAAGGGCAAGGCGAAAUUAAAAGUCGAAGGCGACAAUGCCCAUCUCAACCAAUACGAUGCGUAUGGCAACUUUGACGACGACUAUGAUGACUUCAUGUGAUCAUCUCGCACCGACACACACACACGCCUGCUCUAUAACACACAUACAAACUGAUACAGUUGGGCUGGUCCGUAAUGUUUUAUGUUUGUUGGCCGUAGUUUGGUGUCUGCUAAUUAUUUAAUUCUCUAUUAAAUGGAGAUUUUUUUUUAUGCUCUUAAAAUUUGUUGUAUAAAGUUUUGAGUGCUGCAAAUGCAGACAUGCGAAUUGUUUAACGGUAUUGGAGAAUACUAAGGUAACAGUAACAUAUUUUUAGUCUAUGUUUUGUCUCUUUCCCCUCGAAAUUUUUUUUAUGAAUGCUUUAAUUACAACAAAAGAUGUCAUCGCUAAAAGUUUUUAACACAAUUGAAUAGAUUUUUCUCGGUUUGUUUAUAUCGUUAUAUCAUUUUACUAUUAAUCUUCAUGUCAUUCAGUUAAUAUAUUAGUAAUGUUGCAAUCUGUUGAAAAGUUGUAAAAAUUUGUCCGUAACAAGCUUAAAAUUUAACACAUAAUUAUUCGACAGGUUAUAGUCUAUGCAUGUGAAACCGCUGAAUUAUAUAAUAAUAAAUUCUCGGCAAUCAUGCUAAUCAUAAUACGAAUAUAUCUCAAUUAUGUAUUUAACUAAUUAGGAUAUUUUCGCAUUAUAAUAUAACGAAAAAUCAUACCAUAAAUUGAAAGCAAAGAAAAAAGAUUUUUAUGAUCAUAUCACGAUGUUUACAUUUAAUAACGGUUAAUGGUAUGUGCGUUGUGCAUUUUUCAUCUGCGGCUGGAUCUCAAUGUUCAUAGAUUUCUUAUAAUGUAUGUGAUGAAAUAACAGUAUAAUAUCCAUGCAUAAAUACCUAAUAACUUUUGUUGUCCCUUUUUUCUUACCUUUAUGUAUAAGCAAGAGCGAGACAAAUAGUUUUCUUUCUGUAGGAUACCUUAAAACAUUGCUUUUUUUUUCAAAUAUGGGCUACAGAAUACAAAAAAAAAAUUGUAUGAAAUGUCAUAAAGCAGGCGUAAAAGAUUGUAUAAGUGGAAAUUGAAUUUUAAUAAAUUUAUCCAUAUAUCAUAUAAUAAUGUAUGUUAAAACCAGAAUACAUAUUGUUUUGUAAGUAAUUAUUGUGCUUAGCAAGUUAUUUUAGCGUGAAAAGAAAUUAAAAUUCAAUUUUCUGGCUCAUCGGUAAGCUGCAUAUGUUAUUUUGUAAUAUACAGUCGAAUCGAACGGUUUACGGUUCGAUGUUAUGUUAUAUAGAUAAUAAAUUUUUUAUUGUGAUAA